AACAAUAAUAAUAAUAAAUAAUAAUUAAAAAUAUUGCUGCUUCCCGAAUCCCGGAUUCGUAUCGUAAAAUUUGAAAAAAAAUAAUAUAUUUUAAGUUGUAAAAACAAUUUACAAUGUCCUGGCAAAUUUGUUAACGAUCUUGUUUACCCACAUACCAAACUAAAAUGACUGACGACCUAUCACGCAAUGAAGCCUCUCGCCAACGACAAGAACGUUGGGAGCAUCAUAUGCACGGCCUUUGUAUACUUGACAAUCACUUGAAUGUCGAAAUGGAAAUAGCCUCUCACCGAUCAGCUGUACUCAACCAUCUAGUCGAGCAAGCCAACAGGGUUAAGGAUUUGUGGCUUGAAUUUCAACGAAAGUCUGAUAAUGGACGUGUAUUGGAAGAUACAGCUGUACAAAUGGCAAUUGAACAACAUGGUCUGCAGAGUCAUAAUUUCCAUCAGCCACAAUUGCAAAAUAUAACAAUUGUGUCACAACCUCCAAGUAAACCUCCAGAAAUAGAUUGCGAUGAUGUAUUUAAUCAAGCUGUGUCUGCAGCAAUUGUCGCAAAUGGAUUAAUGACUACUACAACUACUCAACAAGAAAAUUUUAAUAUGUAAUAUUUUUAUGCAAACAUUUAUAUCAUCACCAAGGGACAACAUCUUGAAAAGAAAAUAAUAUUUCUACACCAUUACUUCAUAAAAAUUUGGUAAAUAUUUAUUUACAUAACAACAUUAAAUCCUAAACUACUUCAAUUUUAUCGAAUGAAAAAUGAUUACCUAAAUGUUUUAAACCCGAAUAUGUGAUAGAAACACCAUUUUUUUUAACAAGUCAUUCAAUUUAUUGUAUUCAUAAAAUCUCAUAGUAUAUCUUAUUUUUAUGAUUAUUUAUAAUUUGUUUAAGUCUUCUUUUGCUUUACCUAUUAUUUUUAGUAAAAUGAUUUAUUUAAUUUUUAAGCUGAUUGUUCAAACUAUUGUAUAUAAUUUCUUUACGUGUAAGCAUUUUAAUAUUAAUUUUUUUUUGUAUUUUACGCAAUACUUUUUAUUAAUUUGCAGAUGGUGAUAGAAAUAAUAACAUUUUAUAUAUUUAUAAAAUAAAAAAAAAAUCUUGUAUUAAGUAUAAUAAAUAUUAUAUUAGUCCCUAUUGUGAUUGAUAUGAAUUGAUGAAAGGUUUAAGUUAACUAAAAUAUUCAAAAUAUAUUAUACAAAUAUAUUUUGUUUUAUAGAUGUGUUCAAAUAUUACAAUAAUGACUGUGUGUACAUAAUACAUACAUAUUAUAUUAUUAUUUUUUACAUACUAUUGUUGUUAUUACUUUAAAAACAUAUUAUUAAUUAUCAUAGAUUACUAUUCCAUUUAAAUAUUAUG